CCCUACGUUAUAGCUGUCUGAUGGUUUUGGAGUUUUGAUCGCCAUUAUCGCUCAGGAAAAAAAUGGACUGUUCGGUUCAGGUGUCACGUUCUAAAGUCACAGUUUCAAAUUUAGUGUUUGAUCAUUUCCACUGUUAAAAACAUGUCAGAUAUUUCAAACUUGUGUUCAUUAACUCAAUAGGUAAUCCAUUUUUGCAAACGGUAUAUACAGGAAACCAUAACGAGGCAACAAUUAUUUUAAGUGACUAAUAUGGUUGAACACUCCAGUUAGUCACAUUUUUUAUUCAAUGGCCGCAUUUCUGAAUCAGAAAGGAGAAGAGUGAAAUGGCAGAACACUGGUCAGUCGGACCCACAGUUCAUUUUGGUUCACAUUCGCUUCUUCCCUCCACUGACCUUCAAAUAUUGUGGGACCUACUUCAGUGUAGGGACUGCUGGUUCAGACGCAUUUAUCACCAACUUGCUGCCAACGAACUUCGGUCAAAUUCAGUUGUGGCACUAAGCCCUCGGAAAAGUUUAAUCCCUUCUGUUCCCUUCCAUAGUCUUACGAGAGCGAUCCAAGCAGUCUUACGCGGCCUCAAUCUAAAUCGUAAAUGCCCAUCAAAACUAGACACGAAAGCGACCAACUUAGCAUCAUUUCUGCAUUUGCAUAUAAAGACUAGUUAUCAUCAUAUAACUGUAGUCAGUACCAAAUUCUGUAUCAAAAGACAGUAUUGGGUCUGCCCUUCUCAUGGACGUCGUCUGUUCGAUUUGCUAUACUGUAGUGGCAACUUUAGUAUUCCGGAGCGGAAAGAUGGGUUAGACUUCGAUUUAACUAUUCGUUCAAUAAUCCCUCAGGGUCAAUCUGAUUUCUUUCGAUCUGUUCAGCUUUCAAGCUCCUCAGAUGAAAGUGAUGAACCGGAACAGACUUUUUCUGUUCAGAUCCACACUCCAGAGCUGUAUAUAGUAAAGUCAAAUCCAGGAGGUUCUCACAAUCAUUUGUCUACGAAGGCAUGUUCCACCGAACCCAAAAAAUUCAUAAGCAAACAACUUUAUGAAGUCAACAGGAAAUGGUCGUUCAAAUACAGUGUAAAUGACUUAAACCAUAAACAUCUGUACAGUGAAAACGACGCUCGACAUACCUGUGAUUCUCACAAUGAAAGAAAACUAGAUGGUCCAAAACAUGUGCAUUUUCCUAGGGGGAACCCUAUCUCUGCUGUAUACAAUCUUUAUACAUAUGCUACAGCAAGCAGGUUGGAAAGGUCUAAUCGUAUUUGGGAAAUAGAAGCAAGGUCCCGCUACUUCGAUCGUUUGAAGUAUUUAAUAUCAAAUGGUUUCGAGGCUGACCUAGCAUCCCAGUUGGCAGGAGAUGAUGAAUCUACGGAAAUUCACUCUAGUGUUAAUAAAGCUCUUGACAAUAAAGCAUGCAAACAAGACAAUCUCAAACCGACGAAUGUAAUAUCUAAGCGUUCAAAACCUCGACAUCGCAAGCGUAAUCGGAAGCGUGGAUCCAACCCAGUAUCCCUGUUAUCUUCACAUUCACAUAAUGCAACCGACCCUAGUAUUUCACGAAAUAAAAUUGAUGAUAACUAUCAGAAAUGUGUAUCCCUUGCACAAUAAUUAUCAGAUUUCCUUAAUUUAUAAUCGUUGAUAUUCCUGAGUCAAACAGGGCAUAAUGGUGUAGCAAUCAAACUCUAGACGUUGGUUAGAGUUAUCAACGAUAAAAAUAAACAACAUCCUAAUUAGUCAGCAUUUUGCCUUCGGUAGUUUUUUUGAUGAAAAAAGAUAUAUUACCAUGAUUGAAGCAAACAAAGAGAUUUCCGUUUUUGGAACUCCCGUUUCGUUACCUACUGUGAAUAAUUCAAACACGUAUGUCGAGUAGAAUAUGAUUGCAAAAAAACAAAAAUACUAACUCUACAAUAAAAAAGGUCAUAAUUUAACAAGCAGUUUUUGUGUAUCCAACUCAUAGAGCUUCUCUAACAAAUUUUUGGAUUUCUUAACUACCCUCAAAAAUAAUGAUCAACUUCUGGUUAAAUUAUUCAGAUUGCUGUACUAAUCGAAAAAGUCAACUGAAAGAAAUAACAAAAAUCAUUGGAAAACUUGAUCAUUUUGUAUAAUAACGAAUAAACAUACUCAUAUUUGGCAUUUUACCGUUAAAUAUUUUGAGAGAUAUAUUGUAGAAAAUAUCUGCGUUAUUAAACAUACAUCAAAGACUCCAAGUGAAUAAAAUAUAACUUGAUAUAUACUUCAUUCGACAAACAUGUAACUGAAAUGACAUACAUGAUUAUUCAUUUUUGUCAGAAAUUACAUUUGAUCUCUGACAGAGUUUGUAGUUCUCUUGUAUUCGACAACUUUCAGUACAACUAUUCGAGUAAUAAAUCUCACUAAUUCAUCAUAUAUGUUGUUAAUCGGCACAUGUAUUAUUAAAGAAUCGUUGAUUGUAUGAUUAAAAUAUAUUGUCAACAGAAGUUUUACUAAAAUAACUAAAAAGCAUUUUAAAAAUAUUUUUAAUAGACAUGGUAUAUAAUCGAUACCCAAAAAUAG